AUGGCUGUUGAAGCUACCUUCAUGAAUCUCAUGCCUUCUACCCAUUUACUCACAAACAGAGAAAUGAUGAAAUCUAAUCAGCAGCAACAAUAUCAGCAACAACAAAUGAUGAACUCGAACAUGUACAAUGUUCAGAUGAAUUCUGCUAUGCCGAUUCCGAUUCCGACAACAAUGCAUGAAUCUAUGCUACCUUUUUACCAAUCAAAUAAAAACAGAGUAAUCUCUUCUGAAUCUUCAUCAUUUGCUGAUCAAGUUCUCUACCAAUUUCAGAAUCACCAAUCUGAAAUCGAUCGCAUCCUUGCUCAUCAUAAUGAAAAAAUGAGAAUGGAGUUGGAGGAACAGAAAAUGAGGCAAUCAAGAGUGUUGGCAUGCGUGAUUCAAGAAACAGUGGCAAAGAAAAUGAAAGAAAAAGACGAAGAAAUUCAAAGAAUAGGAAACUUAAAUUGGAUGCUUCAAGAAAGAGUCAAAAGUUUAAGUGCUGAAAAUCAGGUUUGGAGAGAAUUAGCACAAACAAACGAAACUACAGCCAAUUAUCUACGUAACAAUUUGGAACAAGUCAUGGCACAUGUCAAAGAGGGACAACAUCAUGCCGCAUUGAUCGAGGACGACGCCGAAUCGAGCUGCGGUAGCAAUAAUGCGGCCGAAGACGUGGAAGAUGCCGCGGUGGCGCCGAUAUUCGGCGGUGGUCAGAGUGGUGGUUUGGCUAGGUUGUGUAAGAAUUGUGGGGUGAGGGAAUCAAUUGUGCUGUUAUUACCAUGCAGGCAUUUGUGUCUUUGUAAUGUGUGUGGGUCCACUGUUAGGAAGUGUCCAGUUUGUGACUCUGGCAUGGAUGCUAGUGUUCAUGUUAAUCUUUCUUAG